GGCACUGAACGCAACCUGGACAAUCAUCCAUAGUGGUUAUCCAUGGCAACCGAACAUGAACUCUCCAAUGGCCGCCAUUGCUGGACGCGCCACCUGCAGGGUGUCAACGACCCCGCCGCCGACAUCAAGGUCUUCGUGCACGAUGGCCGCCUGAUCAUCAACAUUAAGGGCGAGGAGGUCGACAACCUGGAGCUGCCCCCCACCGCCUACACCCGCGACGCCCGCGCGCUCUACCAGCGCGGCCAGCUGCGGGUGGAGGUGGGCUGCAAGGACCCCGCCGCGCCCGCCAUGAUCGAGAAGGCGCUCAUGGACCCCGACCGGCCGCACCCGAGGGAGCUGCCGCUGCUGCUGCAGGGAG